UCCCGUAGCUACCCAAGCCUGUAUCUACCUGCAGAAAUUGGUUAGCUCCCAAUACCACUCCUGGUAAUUGACGAAACCAAAGACAAUUUCUGAAAACAAAUGCUAUAGGAAUAAACAUGUGUAUUAGGAACACAUGUGUAAUGUGCUUCAGCAGCAGAAUGCUAUUAUCAGCUUUUGUUUGUAUCAUUUGAAUUUUGCUUUAGUUUGGCAUUCCAGGCACCCUGCUUAUGUUCUUUCUUUGACUCAGAAGAUCAGAACAAAAUAUGGUGUAAGCGUGCACUGUAUAAAGUAGAAGAAUCUGCUUGCAUUUGUUCUGGAAAGGUUAGCCAUUGAAUCAAGCAUGGAUUAAUACAGAAGAUGGAGUUGGGUUGACAUCCAAAUUGAUGUAGAGGGUUCCAUCUUUAAGAUGAUUUGAUCCCCCUUCUCAUUUGCAUUCCUUUAACAAAAUUACAUAUUGUGUUUAGAUCCCCACUGAGUGUGACACUGGAAUAUUUGUUUUUCUGUUCACAAUCUUAGAGUUAAGCGCAUCUACAAAUAUUAUUUAAUGGGCUUGAUUCUGCUUUGGGUUGUGGCAGUGUGCUUUGCUGCGCAAAACAGGAAGUUGCCUUUAUAAUGAAUCAAAUUAUGAGUUCAUGUAGCUCAAUAUUGUUUUUGCUGACUGGCAGUGGGUUUCAGGCAGGAGUUGUUCCCAGAUGUCAGGAAUUGAGCCCUAGACUUCUACAUGCACAGCAUGUGCUCUGUCACCAAGCUAUGGUCCUCUCUCAAAUAAAGUCUCCAAGAAAAUGAGUGACGACUCCAACUUUUAACUAUCUGAAUAUUAAGUGAAUCUUAAUUAACUUAAUUUGUAGUUUUUAUGGAUUGUACAAGAACUAAUUCCCAUUAUAUGUUGCCCAUAGUGUGGCAUGAACAAAAGGCAACUACGCUAUUUGUUGCUUAUCAGAGUUAUCCCUCCUGGUUUUCUUUAUAGAGUAUAUAUUGUUUUAAAAGUAUGUGCUGUCCCAGAUUUUUCUUACACUCCACCCAGGGUCUUUUACACAAUUCUGUUGACUAAUGCCAUAUUUAAAUUUAUUUAGCCUCAUAUUUUUCUGUCUUUCUUAGGCUAAAGAAAAAUAUAAUUAAGGGUCCCUAGGAGCAAAAGCAUAAACUCUCCUCAGGUGUUGGAUUUUCUUUCUCCUUCCAAGGACAGCUGAAAAAAUAAAAUUGGAAAAACAAACAAAUGAAUAAAUAAUUGAGCAGUUGCAAUGGAUUUUUAACUGGUGUCCCAUCUUCUUUUUAGUUUUCUGAUUAAUAUUGUUUUGUUUUGUCUCAUACUUUUAUCAAUGUAGUUUAUGUUAUAUACACGGAAAAGAAUUUGGUACCUUUUUAUAUUUUGUUUAUGCUUUGAUUCUUCAAGACACGAGGGGCAGGAGGUUAAGUUCUCUCUGUGAAGUCUUUCAACUUGAAAUCAAAUGUCAAGACUGGGGAAGGAAUAAUUUCUGUUCAACAAGGAGCAAUAGGAGUUUCUUUCCCCAGUAUCUCCAAGUAGGGCUGCAAGAUAAUCCUUCCUGAAACUCUGAAGAACCACUUCCAGUCAGUGUAGACAAAACUGAGCUUGAUGGAAAGAUGGUCUGACUCAAUAUAAGGCAACUUCCACUGCUACCAUGCUAAUACUCCAACUAAGAGGUUGGAGAUAGAGGCUUGAUUGAGUCGUGCCUAUUAGGAACUUGGGUUCCACCAAAGUAAGAUUUUGAAUUGUUGAACCAAUCUCAGAAGGUGAUUCACAUAACUAUAUCCUGGUGGUUUCAAAAUGCUGUUGAAUAGAUUUUGUGAAUGAUUCAACACUUGUCCACUUUGUGAGUCACUACAACCAGGCUUAAUCCAUCCUUGGAAAAACGUCAAUAAUAUGGUGAAUUGUGAUUUUGGAAAAAAUAUACAAUGUCCGUUACACAUCUUAAAUGACCAAAAAGCCAAAUCGGGUUGACUUCAUUAUAUGCAAAUGUCUAUGAAUGAAACUUGAAACUUACUUGUAUCAUCAUGAGACAGAAUUAUGGCUUUGUUCAAACCAAAGAUAAUGAAAGUGGACUCAGAUGUCCUUGAUCUGGUCAUUAGAACAGCAAAUGUUGGGAUUUUCCAUUUGGUAUCUCUUUAUCACCAACACAUCUUUGUCUGUUUCUCUCCCCCUCCUCCUGUUUUUGAUGCUGGCUGUACAUGCAACACCAAGACUAUGCUGAACAACACCUCGGCCCCUGAAUUCAUCCUACUGGGCUUCUCUGGAUUCCAGGAGUUCCGGAUCCUGUUGUUCUUCAGUUUCUUGGUAGUCUACCUCUUCAUUCUCCUUGGCAAUGCCUUGAUCAUUCUCCUCUCAAAUAUGGAUGUGGCUCUACAUGUCCCCAUGUACUUCUUCCUGAGCAAUUUCUCAUUCCUAGAGAUGUGCUACACCUCAGUCACAGUUCCCCGGCUGCUGGGGGACUUUCUCACUGGCCCCCAAGCCAUCUCCUUGCAGGCUUGCAUCACCCAGAUGUAUUUCUUCUUCUCGCUUGGUACCACAGAAUUUUUCCUCUUGGCUAUUAUGGCCUAUGACAGGUAUUUAGCCAUCUGCCAGCCACUGCAGUAUCCUGUGCUCAUGAACAGCUCUGUCUGUGCUUGCCUAGCCUGCAGUUGCUGGCUGGGGGGCUUCCUGACCCCCUUCUUGCCCAUAGCCUUCAUCUCCCAGCUCCCCUUCAAUGGCAGCAACCAGAUCAACCACUUCUUCUGUGACACGAGCCCCUUAAUUAACUUAUCGACUGGAGACACCUUCAUGGCAGACACAAUGGUCUUUCUUGUCUCUGCAGUGAUUGUGCUUGUGUCCUUUCUCCUGACUUUGACUUCUUAUGCCCUGAUUGUUUCUACCAUCUUGGAUCUCCCAUCUGCUUCUGGAAGGCACAAGACCUUUUCCACAUGUGCCAGCCAUCUCACGGUGGUCACCAUCUUCUACAGCACUGUCAUCUUCAUGUACCUCUGUCCACAUUCCGGUCAGACUUCUGAACUGGAAAAAGUGGUAUCUGUGUUCUAUACUGUCAUCACCCCAGUGCUGAAUCCCAUCAUCUAUACCCUCAGGAACAAAGAUGUGAAAAAAGCCUUGGGAAAGGUCCUCAGCCGAGUAAAGAACACGUGUCUGAAGAACACACAGAGAACUGCCCUUAUUGUAUUGUCAUGAACCUCGGCAUACUCAAGUUGUUUGUGCAUUGCUGUGAAUUUGCACUGAGAAUUUUGUAAAAAGACAGGUAUUUGUUAAAUGCAUUUUAGUUUAUAUUAAAACUACAUUUCAAGGUCUUUGUAAAGAAACAUGGCGACAUCCGAAAAGAGUCAUCUAAAAAUAAUUACAAGCAAUAUAUUAUCAACACACAAUUUGUGCUGAGCACUUGUCUGCAGGGGUCUUUUGUUGCUGGGGUCCAUUAUUCUUUCAGUGACAGACAUAAAAAACUCAUGCACUGAAGCCAGGUUAGGGAGAUCUUUCAUAAGUUCAGGACAUUUCUUUUCUACUCAACUGUCAUCUUCUGAUAUAUUUACAUUACAGUAACCCUUAGCCAACAUUUGCUAGGUGUUCCACAUGGACAUGAUAAAAGCUUCAAGCAGAACAGUCCAACUAUUAGGACAGAAUACUAGCAGUGAUGGUGAGCAUGACUGAGUGAAAAAUAUUAGAGCUGAAAAUUUGAAAUACACAUUCAAGAGAAGCAGCUGCUGUUGCCUUUGCACUUCAGCAUGUAGAAACCACAUAUUUGAAUGUUCUCCCAUGCAUAGCCUCACCACCACAAACACAUACAUACACACACCUUAUCAGGGAGAAGGGUUCUAUCAUAGUCUUCUUGCAGGCAUGCCCAUUUUCUACUCUUUGGAAUUUUCUUUAUAUUCAGCCAUACAAUACUAUCCUCUGCCACCUGAAGUGGUAAAUUCCACCAGAAGCAGCACUUGUUUCUGCUGAUCAUGGAACUUAGCUUGCAAGGUGGCUAUGGAUGACUGCAGUCAUGAGCUGGUUUUCUGUAGUAUCUGGCAAACAUUGUGCAACUGCUGGUAGUAUUUUUCUCACAUUGUGUCUGGAUUAGAGAUGGAAAGGCCUGGGGAAAAACUGGAAAAAUUGGGGGGGUACAGGUCCCCCCCCCAUUUUUCCGGUUUCCCCCCAGGCCUUCCCAUCUCCAGCCUGGAUGCUGUAGGGACUGGCUUCCCACUUGGUGAGAGUGGGGUACACAUGUCAUACCUAGGAUAAAUGGUCAUUUGGAGCCACUAUAUUUUAUAAGGGGAAGCUGGAAUUUUUAUUUCUAAUCUCAAUGCAGGGAUCACUUUAGUCCUGGGUCAACCACAGGGACCCCAUGUCUAUUUCCAUUCCCUUCUUAGCUCCUGUAAUGGAGGUGAAAUGUGAUGUUCUUUAAACCCAUGGCAAUAAGGUGAAUUAAUGGCUGCCAGAGUGAAGUCUUUACCCCAUAACUUUCUCCACGACCCUUUUAACUGGGUUGUGCCCCUGCUCAGGGUCUUUAUUUUUGUUGUCACACUUGUGGUUGGAAAGCAUUGUCCAUCCAGAUCAAACUGGUUAGUGACUCUGAAUGGCUUGUUUUUGCCUGCCAUUGUAGAAUAUGGCUUCACUUGCUUCCACGAGAAGCCCCAUCAAAAGCUAAAAAGAAGUUGGGAGCAUGCUUUGGGUCAGUUCACAAAUCCACAUUCAUUCACUUUAGCAUCAAAUGGGGACAUGCAAGGGUGAAUCAGCCACCGUAGAUAUGAUACCCAGACUUCUGCCUAGUGUGCUGCUUUUUGAUUGAGUCAUUCACACAUUCAGCUGCUAGUUAUCAAACGUACAGUGAACAAUUUAUUUGAGUGACCAAAGCUCAGUGCAUGCACAAGGAUCCCAGAUUCAAUUCCUGGCAUAUCCCACUUCCAAAGCUCUUCCAAAGCAGGCUGAGAGAGAGAUCUGCCUGAAAUCCUCAAGGGUUACUGCUGGUCAAAGUAGACAAUGCUGGGGUGGGUGGACCAAUGAUCUGACUGUAAAUGGCAGGUUCCUAUGCACUCAUCUUUUUGAGUCAAAGGCUUGGAGCUUUCUGUAGAGCAAUGGAAAACACUGAUAAAACCAAAUUUCUUGAAUUUGCGGAGAUGGCAAAAUUAACAUUAACAAAAUUAACAUUUUGUUAGAGUAGUUAGAGGCUAAUCAAAAAAUUAAUAAAGAGUGGGAAUGCGUUAAGGAAUACAUGAAAAAAGUCAGUGCUGGAGCUUAAUAAUUAAUAUGCAAAAAUUUUAAAGGCACAAGGAGAUAGGAUAAUAAUAUAUUAAGGAUGGAAAAUAAAGUGAAUAACGCAACAAUAACAAAAAUAAUAGUGGGUAAAGAA